CAUGUUUUUUUACCAAAUGGUCACUCUGUAACGGCACUAGGACCCAGCUGGGGCUAUGUUCUGUGGGCCAGCCCAAGCAAUCUGUCCUCACGAGGGAGUCCUUUCUCGCCUCCGCGCGGUGAUUGGGUGGAAGAUGGCGCUGGGCGAAUGGAAAUCCUAAUGACAGUUUCCAAAUUUGCCUCUUUUUGUACCAUGGGCGCCAAUGCCUCCGCCUUGGAAAAAGAGAUUGGCUCUGAACAGUUCCCUGUCAACGAGCACUACUUUGGUUUGGUUAACUUCGGGAACACCUGCUACUGCAACUCGGUGUUGCAGGCUCUGUAUUUCUGCAGGCCGUUCCGGGAAAAAAUCUUGGCCUACCGCAGCCAGCCCAGGCGCAAGGAAAACCUGCUCACCUGUCUGGCAGACCUGUUCCACAGCAUCGCCAACCAGAAGAGGAAAGUGGGUGUCAUCCCCCCGAAGAAGUUCAUUACGCGACUACGGAAAGAGAAUGAGCUGUUUGAUAACUACAUGCAACAGGAUGCCCACGAGUUCCUGAACUACCUGCUGAACACCAUCGCAGACCUGCUGCAGGAGGAGAGGAAGCAGGACAAGCAGAAUGGUCGCCUGGCCAACGGCACGCUGGACUCCCAGAACAACAACAGCAGCAGCAGUGGGAGCAGCAGUGGCAGUGCCAGCGGCAACAACAACGCGCCCGCCUCCACCUGGGUCCACGAGAUCUUCCAGGGCACGCUGACCAACGAGACACGCUGCCUCACCUGCGAGACGAUAAGCAGCAAAGAUGAAGACUUCUUGGACUUAUCAGUCGACGUCGAACAGAACACGUCAAUCACUCACUGUCUGAGGGGUUUUAGCAACACUGAGACUCUGUGCAGUGAAUAUAAAUACUACUGCGAGGAAUGUAGAAGCAAGCAGGAGGCCCACAAAAGGAUGCGUGUGAAGAAGCUGCCCAUGAUCCUGGCCCUGCACCUCAAGCGCUUUAAGUACAUGGAGCAGCUUCAGCGCUACACCAAGCUGUCCUACCGCGUCGUCUUCCCCCUCGAGCUCCGCCUCUUCAACACGUCCGGCGACGCCACCAACCCCGAGCGCCUCUACGACCUGGUUGCUGUAGUGGUGCAUUGUGGGAGUGGCCCAAACCGAGGACACUACAUAGCUAUUGUGAAGAGCCACGACUUCUGGCUACUCUUCGAUGACGAUAUUGUAGAGAAAAUUGAUGCCCAGGCUAUCGAGGAAUUUUACGGCCUCACUUCAGAAAUUUCCAAGAACUCCGAAUCUGGCUACAUCCUGUUCUACCAAUCCAGAGACUGAGCAUGUUGUUUUACUUAAGGGGGCGGGGGUAGGGCUGAGUGCCUGAAAGUGGGAGACCUGCAGUCAAAUUCAAAUAAAUAGGCCCUGUCUGCAUCCGUGCAUUCUGCAGUGCCCCGUCUGGGAAUGACAUGACAGUCGCCAUCACAACGCCACCAACACACAUCCGACCGCUGACUCUCCUGGCGUGAGGCCCUGGAUUGGAUGCAUCAGUGUACCACCCGGGGGAGGUUAUGUGCGAACUUUUAUUUUCUGACAGCGGGUUGUGUCAUAUGUACAGGGUUGUUGAAUGAAUGUCAAAACCAGGAGGUUUGUAUGUAUAUUGUAUGGAUGAUUCCAUUUUUUCUGUUGGUUUUUGUUUGUUUCUUGGGGAAAAGAGUCAUGUAUGUGUCAUGAUCUUUUAGGUUAUAUGUUGAUGGUGAUGAUGAUGAUGCCAGGUGUCUGCGCUCUUUUCCUCAUGCUGCAAAUACAAGACGGCGCCUGUGGCCUUUCUGAGACCUGUGGCCUGUGCAUGUGGGGGGGCUGGGAGGAGGGGAGGAGGGGGGCUUCUCUCUUCAGGAGCUGAGGGGAAAUGUUUGGGUCUGGAUGGGGCCCUACGUAAUAGGGGGUAUGUAUUUCUACAUUGUACAGAGUGGUAUUUGUAUAAAUAUUAUUGUAAGAAUUAUACUAAGAAACUGACCUAGAAAAGGGAAUGGUUUAGUGCGGGAGAGGUAUAACACUAUGGUGCACUUUUGAUACCGUUUUGUAGGUGUUGGCAGGUUAUUGUGCGGGUUUGCUUGAGAUGGCCUGUUGUGAAAUAAUCAUUUUCUGUUUUAAAGAAAAAAAUAAAAAUGUAUAGACGAAGA